GAUACCAAAAGGUGUGAACUUUGAAGCCAAACUGCAUUUACUUGUGUUUACCAACUCCUCUUGAGCCACUCACAAACAACACCAAAUACACUUCACUUUUCUUCUUCUUCUCUCUCUCUUCUUCUCUUUUUCUUAGUCUUUCUCUUCUCCAUCAAAGUUCAUACUUUUCACACAAUGACCAACAAGUCCCCAGUUUUUCCAAUGCCAGACCCUCAACACUUCAGCGACUAUGGCUUUGACCCUCAAAUAAACUAUUUUCAGGUGUUGGAAGAAGCCAUGAAGCACAAGCGAGAGACGGCGAGAUCCAUAGACUCCAUCCACUUCAAGCUCCAAAAGCCCAUUUCCAAGGACGAAUCCCGGAGCAAAGCCCACAGGCCCAGGAAAAAGCGCUGGUGGAGAAGCGCCCUCCUCUUUUUCAAGUGGCGCUGGGCCCAUCCCCGGGACAACGGCAUUAACCAAGACGACGUCCACCAGGCCCGAGCCCGGGCUUUCCGGGCUUCCAUCUCGGGCCCCGUGUACUGGACCGAGAGCCGAAGCGGCUCCGCCACGCCCCACCGCACCUCCAGCCGCCCUACCUCCGGGCCGCUCGCCGGCACCCUCACGCCGCCGGCAAAAGAUGACGUGGACACGCCUUACUUGAGUCUAAGAGAACUCAACAUGGAACAACAGCACCAACUUCAGCGGAGGAUGUCUACCUCAGCCAUGCCCAUAUACUUGGUCACUUAGAUAACUUUCAACCAAUCACGUGUUAGGUUGUUACCUCGUUUUUUUCUUUUAUUUUUUAACCUAAGCAAAGGUGUUUGUUCGUUUGAUUUGGGAUGGAUCAUCCUUUUGAUGUUUGUUGUUGCUUACUUUUAAUAUAUGCAACUGAAAUGUUUUGGUUUUGA